AUGAUCGAGGUCAUGGACUGCGUCCAUCUUCAACUGUACAAAGACCUUAAGGAGAGACAGAAGAACGGGCAGACGAAGGCGUCCCUAUCGCUGCAGCAGUACCUCGGCUUCGAAUGCGGUUUCACUUUGGACAAGGAGUCGAACACCCUAGCGAUACUGUGUGAGGACGUGGUCCCAGUGCUGGCAUUCGACACCAGGGAAAUCCUAAUCCAGUGGAGGGUUAAGGUGCAGCAUAACCUAGGCAGCAGUAAGGAGUUCGCGGCGGUGAUAGUGUCGGCGCCACCAGCCAGCGGGGCCCGCGCGGGACCGGCUCGCCUCCACGCCUGCGGGCCGAGGCUGGCGCUCUGCAUCUCCAGACCUCCAGAGGUCCUGGCCCUCUGGGACGUGAAGCUGCUCAGGCGCUUCGGCUUAGUGGACAAGCGGUUCUGCGUGGAGGGAGGCUCCAGGUGCGGCCGCGGCGAAGGCCUAUUUGUGUUUGCUGCGGAGGGAGGGAGGGAACUCACCGAUCUCCUCAACGCUCACACCCACGAGGCGCAGUCCCGGCUCAGCGUCGCCUCCAGGAGUGGCUCUGUGCUGGAGAAGCGUUUCUCGGACACGAGCUCCUGCGCGGACGAGUGUUUCCACUCGUCCAUGAGGUCCGUCUCGCCCGCUUGGAACGGCCCCGCCAGCCAGACCAUGCACUGCCUCUCCGACCUGGACUCCAGCCUUGAUAGCAACGAGGAUAAGUUCCGGAGGCCGACCUCGCUGCCACGCUGCUCGUUCAGCUGCAUGGGGAAGAUGAGCCAACUCACCAGAUCAUCAACGAUGGCCACGCCCGGCUCGAUGAUGUCCCCGGUCUGGACGAUGGAGAACAUAAUGGAGAAACGCUCAGACUCCGACAGGGCGUCCAUCUAUUCGCGGUCUAGUGGCAGCGCCUCCGAGUACUCCGUGCCGAGGGGCGCUUGCCUCUUGGACAAGAGUUUCGAGUCGAAACGCGGCAGCCCCGUCGCCUGCUGCACGCCCACCGUGCCGGUGAAGACUGGCAACACCUGCCAGUGCUGGCAACAGCCCAAGACCUGCAGCUGCCGGAAGAAGCAGUACAACGGCCCCUACGAGAACUACGACGUGCCAAAGACGCCCAUGCCCCUGAUACAGGAACAUCCGGACUCGGCGCGCUCAGACGCCGCUAGCCUGUACGAUACACCAAAGAAACUGAAAUGCCUGAUCAACGGCCAAGCGUGCGUCUGCUCGCACAGCGCCGACAAAUCCGAAGGAGCCAGACAGCCGGACGCGUGCGAUACCAACGAGCCAGACCAGUGCAACUACGUGAACGUGACGCCAACCAAGGGCGAGCUGGACUACGGGAACUACGCCAACAUAGACCUGAACGCUACCCUGGAGAAGUUCGAGAGCUCCCUGCAGAUACUGCGCAGCGCCGGCUUCAGCCAGGAGGAGCUGGACGCGUUGGAGGACAUUCCCGAGCACGAAGACUCCACCGCCACCCUGGACACGGCCGUCCCGAACUGCGACCACUCCGACUACACACCGAUGGACAGCUCGAGCAGGAAUUUAUCGGACAACGUCAGCAGAAUAAGCCACGUGUCGGACCCAACUCAGCACUCCGACACGGAGAACACAGUCAGCACGAGGAGAUCCAGCUCGGCUGACUUCACCAGGCAGCGGGAGGAAUUCCCCGCGCCGAGGGUCUGCUUCACGCCGACCGUGAUGAGGAAGACGAGCAAAACGGAGCGCAUUAACGAGAGCGCGCACACACGCAAGGAAACGGCCUUCAAAACGCCCGAGCCGAGGACAGAGAGCGCCCUAGUCGCCAGGUUCAGGGACGCGGUGAAGAUCCGCCGCUCGUCGAGCGUGCCCAGCAAGUCGGACAAGAACAGGGACUCGUCCAGCUCCAACGACUCCGGCGUUUCCACUGGCUCCUUGAAGCACCACCGCGGAGACCUGAACGAGAUGGACGGCGCCAACCCCAAGCAGCACAAGCGGCACCCCAAGAGCAAGCAGUUCCGGGCCGCCCUGGCGCCCGUGCACGCGCCCUUCGCCAGGUCCAACUCCUCGGACCCCCUGAAGCAUCUCAGCUUCCACUUCGAGGAGGUGGCCGCGCUCGCCAAGUCCAGCUCGUUCGACGUGGACACGCUGACGCGACGCAAGAAGAAGGCGGGCGAGGCGUCCGCCGAGGCGCGCCACAGCCAGCUGACGAGCAAGAGCACGUCGAGCGGCGCUUCGGACACCUCGGACUACAUGGAGUCGCUGUCCGUCUCCUCGCUGAGCUCGUGCGACGCGGCGGAGCGGCACGCGGCGAGGCCCCGCUCCGGCAAGGAGUACGCCAGCAUCGACCGCAGCGCGCUCGCCUCC